AUGGACUUUGGACCGUCGCAGGAACCUCCCGCCAAGAAGCGGAGGUUCUUCAAGGACCGGGCUGAGGAGUCGUCGGACCCGAUUGCCUUUAGCCCGAAGCCGAGCAGCUCGCCACCGCACGACAAGCCCUCCUUCAAGGAUGAAGACGAGGCGCGCGCCGUUCUGGCCGAGAUCCCCGAGAAUGGCGGCCUUCCCGAUCGUUCUGCGGCGGUGCAGAACGCGCCAGAGCUCAAGCACGAGUCGUCGUCCGUGACUUUCGACCAGGACACUUUUGAGAGCUUCAUUGGCGACAAGGUCACCCCGGAUGUGCUGCGCAUCAUCCAAGACAACUGCGGCGACAACCUCGAGCGAGCGGUCAACAUGUACUUUGAUGGGACUUAUAAGAAAUUGAAGAAUAGCCCACAGAGCCGGCCCUCGCCUGCAGAUCCAAGUCGAGCGGGAUCAAGUUCCACGCCUCAGCCCGUUGCUGCCGCCCCUCGUCGCAGUAUUCCUAAGUCACGAUACGUCGGCGCGUUCGGUGUCGAGGGCUGGGCGACUCGAAGCGGUUCCAACAUCAUCAAGCACGGAGACGUCGUCAAAAUAGAGCGUCAGAAGAUCCAACCGCCCCAGCCGCCCAAGGUUAAGGGAAAGCUCGGCGGCCCCAGCACUCCUGUUCGCAACAACACUGCUGCGUCCCGACGUGUCGACGUCAUCGUCCGGUUCACAAAUCAGUCCGGCUUGGAGAUUGGACGACUUGCAAAGGACACGGCCAACUGGGUGUCGACGCUAAUGGACCAGAAAGUCUGCAUGUUUGAAGGCACCUGCGUUUAUGCCCCUGAGCGGCUUCGUACCAACGACACGGUUUUUCUGCAGCUGCGCUGCUCCCUUCUGGGCUCGGCUUUUGAAGGCAGGAGAUUUCAGCUCGCAGACGACCGUCCGGCUACCUACUUUGAGCAGAGCGAGACAUCGGACGAAAAGGAGCUGAGACUGCGGCAGGUAGCGCUUGUGAGAUUGUUUCAAGAGAUCAACUUGCAGCCUACGGCCGCCAACUCUGCAGCCCAGGACGGACGAGCCGGCCUUCUCAAAGCUGCCGAGAUGGACGAACAAAAGCAGCGUGAAGCCAAGAAGCCCGUGACGAACGGCAAGGACGGCAAAGAUGGAAAGGACUCGGGAUCGCCGCCCAAUUCGUCAGAUGCAGAAGAAGGCGAGGAGCUGGAACAAGACCAACUGGACGCUCUAUACAAGAAAGCCCAAUGUUUUGACUUCAACACCCCCGAGGCCGAACCCGCCGAUACGUUUGCCAUGACGUUGCGGCCGUAUCAGAAGCAAUCGUUGCAUUGGAUGAUGGCGAAAGAGAAAGAUGAGAGGGGCAACAGGGAGCCAUCCAUGCAUCCCCUCUGGGAAGAAUACACCUGGCCCGUCAAGGACAUGGAUGACAAGGAAUUGCCGCUGGUGGGCGGCCAAUCCAAGUUCUACGUCAACCCCUACUCAGGAGAUUUGUCUCUCGAAUUUCCAGUGCAGGAGCAGCAUUGCCUGGGCGGCAUCCUUGCUGAUGAGAUGGGCCUCGGCAAGACGAUUCAGAUGCUCAGCUUGGUUCACAGCCACAGAUCGGAACUGGCCCGCAAAUCCCGCAUGUCGGCUGGCGGUAUUUCAAGCGUCAACCAGCUGCCCCGGUUGGGAACGACAUCUGCCACCCCUCUCGAUGCACCUUGCACGACCUUGGUGGUGGCGCCCAUGUCGCUGCUUGCCCAGUGGCACAGCGAGGCCGAGAAAGCAUCGAAGCAGGGGACCAUGAAGAUUGAGCUAUACUACGGCAACGACAAGGCCAACAACCUCCAGGCACUCUGCUGCAGUGGUAAUGCGUCGAAUGCCCCCGACCUCGUCAUCACGAGCUACGGCGUUGUCCUGUCCGAGUUCAGCAGCCUUGCCGCCAAAAACGGAGACAAAUCGUUCCAUAACGGCUUGUUUUCACUCAAGUUCUUUCGCGUCAUCCUGGAUGAAGCGCACCACAUCAAGAACCGGUCUUCCAAGACUGCCAAGGCAUGCUACGACAUCGCAUCGACCCAUCGCUGGGUCUUGACGGGCACGCCAAUCGUCAACAGGUUGGAGGACCUGUUCAGCCUGGUGCGUUUCCUUGGCGUUGAGCCCUGGAACAACUUUUCUUUCUGGAAGACGUUCAUCACCGUGCCAUUCGAGUCGGGAGACUUUGUACGAGCGCUGAACGUGGUGCAGACGGUCUUGGAGCCGCUGGUGAUGAGACGCACCAAAGACAUGAAGACACCAGACGGGCAGCCCCUGGUUCCACUGCCGCCGAAGCAGGUUGACAUUGUGGACGUGGAUCUGUCCAAAGAGGAGCGGGCAGUAUAUGACUACAUCUUCACCAAAGCCAAGCGGACCUUUUCAAAGAACAUGGAGGCGGGUACAGUCAUGAAGGCGUUCACCACCAUCUUUGCGCAAAUUCUACGACUGCGACAGUCUUGCUGCCACCCCGUGCUCGUGCGCAACAAAGACAUUGUUGCGGAGGAAGAGGAGGCAGGAGCCGCGGCGGACGCAGCAGCAGGGCUUGCCGAUGAUAUGGACUUGGAAUCCCUUGUUGCGCAGUUCACAGCCACGACAGACGACGACGCCAAAAGCAACUUUGCGUUUGGCGCUCAUGCACUCGAAGAGAUUCGCAACGAGUCCGACAAGGAAUGUCCGUUCUGCUUCGAGGAGCCGAUGAAUGAACAGCUGGUCACAGGCUGUUGGCACUCGGCAUGCAAGAAGUGUCUCCUCGAUUUCAUGAAGCACGAGAGUGACCGUGGGGUUGUGGCUAAGUGCUUCAACUGCCGCGCGCCACUGAACCAACGAGACCUGUUUGAAGUGGUGCGACACGAUGACGAGGAAGACGCCUUUUCCAAAUCUCGUAUCAGUCUCCAGCGGCUGGGAGCGAACCACUCGUCGGCCAAGGUGGCGGCGCUCAUGUCUCAUCUGCGAACUCUGCGGCGAGAACAACCGCGGAUGAAGUCUGUCAUAUUCUCACAGUUUACGUCGUUCCUGUCCCUCAUCGAACCAGCACUGGAGCGGGCCAACAUCAAGUUCCUCCGACUGGACGGGAGCAUGGCGCAACGGGCGCGAGCAGCGGUGCUCGAGGAAUUCCAGGAGAAGAAGGGCUUCAUGGUGCUGCUAAUCAGCUUGCGCGCAGGCGGCGUAGGCUUGAACCUGACAAGCGCCGGGCGGGUGUUCAUGAUGGACCCUUGGUGGAGCUUCGCCGUGGAGGCGCAAGCGAUCGACCGGGUGCAUAGACUCGGGCAGGAGGGUGAAGUCGUGAUCAAGCGAUUCAUCGUCAAGGAGAGCGUGGAGGAGAGGAUGUUGCGCAUCCAGGAGAGGAAGAAGUUUAUUGCAACCUCCCUGGGCAUGAUGAGUGAUGAGGAGAAGAAGCUCCAGCGCAUUGAAGAUAUUAAGGAGUUGCUGAGUUAA